GUUAAUAAAAAUACUUCCUGUUACAGUGUUACUCAAAUCUAUAUUCGGAGACGACAACCAAAACCGUCGCUCUGUCGUCUCUUUCCGGCGCCGGCAAAAAAGAGGUUGAACAUUCUAGAGAAGCGCACCUAGCAGUUACCUUAGGCGCUCUGGCUCAGCAGGCUCAGGGAAGCCGAUCAAAUCACACUCAUGGCGGAGUCAUCGGGGACGACACUGAUGGAUCUAAUCACGUCGGACCCGUCUUCUACUUCAUCUUCUUCUAAGUCGACGGCCUCCGUAGCUCCCGUCGCUACUUCGCCACCACGGACGGCGGCCGCGGCUGCGGCGUCCACGGAUCGGAAGAAGAAGGGGAUGCUGAUGCAGAUCCAGAGCGAUACUAUCUCAGCUGCUAAGGCUGCUCUCAACCCUGUGCGGAUGCCUCAGAAGCAAAAGAAGAAGGCAGUUUCAUAUGCACAACUUGCAAGAAGCAUCCAUGAGCUAGCAGCCACAUCUGAUCAAAAAAGCUCCCAGCGACAGUUGGUUCAACAUGUCUUCCCAAAGCUUGCUGUGUACAAUUCAGUAGACCCUUCAAUAGCACCAUCGCUUCUUAUGCUUGGUCAACAAUGCGAGGAUCGGACAGUUCUACGAUAUGUCUAUUAUUACCUUGCCAGAAUUCUUUCAGAUGGUGGCUCACCAGGCCUGAGUCCAGGUGGUGGGAUACCAACCCCAAAUUGGGAUGCUUUAGCUGACAUUGAUGUUGUUGGAGGGGUAACAAGAGCUGAUGUUGUACCGAUAAUAGUAGACAGGCUAUCCUCUGAGGCAUUGAACGAAGAUGUUGAGUUUCAUGCACGGCGACUCCAAGCUCUGAAGGCUCUUACAUAUGCACCUUCUACCAGCUCAGAGAUUUUAUCCAAGUUGUAUGAAAUUGUGUUUGGCAUCUUAGACAAGGUUGCUGAUACACCACACAAACGCAAAAAGGGAAUUUUUGGCGCCAAGGGAGGUGAUAAAGAGUCUAUAAUUCGGAGUAAUUUGCAAUAUGCUGCAUUAAGUGCAUUGAGAAGGCUUCCUUUGGAUCCAGGAAAUCCGGCUUUUCUCCACCGUGCAGUGCAAGGAGUCUCAUUUGCGGAUCCAGUUGCUGUAAGGCAUUCUUUAGAGAUUCUCUCGGAGUUAGCAAUGUUGGAUCCUUAUGCAGUUGCUACCUCAUUAGGGAAGCUUGUGCAACCCGGUGGUGGUCUACACGAUAUUCUACAUAUGCAUGAUGUUCUAGCCAGAGUUGCACUUGCUAAGUUGUGCCACACAAUAUCUAGAGCCAGGGCAUUAGAUGACAGGCCAGACAUUAGGUCUCAGUUUAACUCGUUGCUAUAUCAGCUACUCCUUGAUCCAAGUGAAAAAGUUUGUUUUGAAGCUAUCUUUUGUGUACUUGGAAAAUUCGACAAUGCUGAGAGGACCGAGGAUCGAGCCGCUGGAUGGUAUCGGCUUACAAGAGAAAUUCUUAAACUCCCUGAAGCGCCUUCCAUGAAGGAAACCAAACCUGAAUCAAAAGAUACCGUUCCACCUAAGUCGGCCAAAGAUAAGUCUCAAAAGACAAGGCGCCCUCAACCUUUGAUCAAACUUGUAAUGAGGAGGCUGGAAAGCUCUUUUCGCAGUUUCUCUCGCCCGGUACUUCAUGCAGCAGCCAGAGUUGUUCAGGAAAUGGGAAAAAGUCGUGCUGCAGCUUUUGCCUUGGGUCUACAGGAUCUUGAUGAAGGAGCUUAUGUUAAUACCUUUGCUGAGAAUGACUCAUAUGAUCCAGAUCUUAAUGAAACGUCUCAGCCUGAAGGCAUACGCAGAGUUUCUUCAAUUUCAAAUGGAGCUAGUGGCAAAGAUACAAUUGCUAGUCUGUUGGCAUCUUUAAUGGAAGUGGUGAGAACAACUGUUGCAUGCGAAUGUGUCUUUGUUCGUGCUAUGGUAAUAAAAGCCUUGAUAUGGAUGCAAAGCCCACACGAUUCGUUUGAUGAAUUAGAAUCCAUCAUUGCAGCAGAGCUAUCGGACCCAACUUGGUCUGCAGCUCUACUAAAUGAUAUAUUGCUUACACUGCACGCUCGUUUCAAGGCGACUCCUGAUAUGGCCGUUACCCUUUUAGAACUAGCAAGAAUUUUUGCAACCAAGGUUCCUGGCAAGAUUGAUGCAGAUGUGCUACAACUACUGUGGAAAACUUGUUUAGUUGGAGCUGGCCCGGAUGGAAAACACACAGCUCUGGAAGCUGUUACUAUCGUUCUUGAUUUGCCUCCCCCGCAGCCGGAUUUGAUGCCAGUAAUUACCUCAGUUGAUAGGGUAUCUGUAUCAGAUCCAAAGUCAGCUCUGGCGUUGCAAAGAUUGGUCCAAGCAGCAGUGUGGUUCCUUGGAGAAAACGCAAACUAUGCUGCCUCUGAAUAUGCUUGGGAAUCAGCAACCCCACCUGGCACAGCAUUAAUGAUGUUAGAUGCAGAUAAAAUGGUUGCUGCUGCAAGUUCUCGUAAUCCAACCCUCUCUGGUGCUUUAACCAGACUCCAACGGUGUGCUUUUAAUGGAAGCUGGGAGGUCCGUAUUAUUGCUGUCCAAGCUCUCACCACAAUUGCAAUUAGAUCUGGUGAGCCUUAUAGGCUACAAAUCUAUGAACUUUUACAUACUCUAGCACAAGGUGGUAUGCAAUCUCAGUUCUCAGAUAUGCAUAUCAGCAAUGGAGAAGACCAAGGUGCAAGUGGUACCGGUCUUGGAUCUUUAAUAAGUCCUAUGUUAAAAGUCCUAGAUGAAAUGUACAGUGCACAAGAUGAUUUAAUAAAGGAGAUGCGGAAUCAUGAUAAUGCCCAGAAGGAAUGGACUGAUGAGGAGUUAAAAAAACUAUAUGAAACUCAUGAGAAAUUGUUGGAUCUUGUCUCUAUGUUCUGUUAUGUUCCUAGAGCAAAGUAUCUUCCCCUGGGGCCAACAAGUGCAAAACUCAUUGAUGUCUAUCAAACUCGGCAUAAUAUAAGUGCUUCGACUGGCCUCGCUGAUCCAGCAGUUGCCACGGGUAUAUCGGAUCUUAUAUAUGAGACCUCCAAAGCAAAACCUGUCAAGCCAGAUACACUUGAUGACGAUCUUGUAAAUGCUUGGGCCACAAGCCUUGGUGAUGAUGGCUUAUUGGAGAGUAAUGCACCUGCAAUGAAUAGGGUGAAUGAGUUCCUUGCUGGUGCUGGUACUAAUGCUCCUGAUGUUGAUGAGGAAAAUGUUGUUUCCAGACAUUCUAUGAGUUAUGAUGAUAUGUGGGCAAAGACUCUCUUAGAGACUUCAGAAAUGGAGGAAGAUGAUGUGAGAUCAUCUGGCUCUUCAUCACCAGAUUCAGUAGGCUCAGUAGAGACAUCCAUAUCAUCACACUUUGGUGGAAGUUAUCCCUCGUUGUUCAGUUCUAAGCCAACUACAUAUGGAUCUUCUCAAACAAAGGACAAAUCGGGUGGGUCGUGGUAUUCUAGUAAUUCUUAUGGAACCUCUUUAGGAGGUCUUGGCUCUCCUAUACGGGAAGAGCCUCCACCAUAUUCAUCACCAAUCCAUGAAAGAAAUGAGUCGCUUGAGAACCCCUUAGCUGGUUCUGGUUCCUAUAGUUUUGAAUCACAUGAUGAAGAACGGCCAUCUUCAGGCAACCCACAGUUUGGUUCGGCACUUUAUGACUUUACUGCAGGUGGUGAUGACGAGCUAAAUCUGACAGCAGGAGAGGAGGUUGAAAUUGAAUACGAAGUCGAUGGUUGGUUCUAUGUAAAGAAAAAACGCCCAGGAAGAGAUGGAAAGAUGGCUGGUCUAGUUCCAGUACUUUAUGUCACUCAAUCCUCAUAAAAAUGGUGAAAAUCAUGAUUAUUUAGAGUUCUCUAUGCAAUGCACAAUCUAAGCAUCAAUGGCAUAUUUGGGUUUUCAACAUCCAUCGCGUUAGCAAGAACAAGAAUACAUGGGUUUUGGCCAUGUUCACUUCACAUGAUCAGUGCACAACCGUCUACGUGAAAUACUCAAAGUCAUUCUAUUCAUCUAUGGUUGCCAUGAUUUUGAAGUUCACUGAUUUUUUGGUUGCUGGUGGUUGAGUCAAUAGACACGCCUCCCCCUCCCCCCCCCCAUCCCACUCCAUAGGAGCUUCUUAGUGAUAUUAUAGGACUGAGAAUGAGUUUCUGUUGUGAAUUUGGUGCGUAUCAUAGUCUUAUUUGAUUAGUAUAGUAGGAGCUUCUGUAUUUGUGGUGAUGGUAAACAAUGCACACCCGUCAUUUUAUUUAUUUUUUUCUUCUAUUGUUAUCAACUUAUUAUUGUGGUUCUUGUUAAAUAUUAAUCCAUUGUUUUGUGCUUUUUUCACGAGUGACAAGUAAAUAUUGACUUCAAGA